AUGCUGCAAGUUUCCAAGAAGAGGAAGAGGCCAAGAGCUCCUAGUCCAGCUGAUGAGCCCGUUACUGCUAUCGUCACUGCCUUGGCCGACUUCACGACUCUGUUUUCCGAUGAAAUUGUGCUCACAAUCUUCCAAUAUCUGAAAGAUAGCCAAUUGUGCAAUUUAGCGUCUGUCUCGCAGACAUGGAAUCGCCUGGCUCUAGAUCGCCAGCUUUGGAAGAGAUUAUUCCUAAACCACUUCUUCCUAAAGCCGCCAAGUAGCCCACUUACGGCUCGUGAAUUGGAAGCUGAACCUGGCAAUGCUUCCAUGCUGAUGAAUCAAGCUAAAAACUGGCAUUCCAUGUAUCGGCUGCAACAUAAAUGGGCGAACGGCACUUGCAAGGUGUCAACAAUUCCAACUGCAACAGACAUGCACCACGCUACACAUAUUGGUUAUGUAAACGACACGCUUAUAUCAUGUGCAGGCCGAACUGUACAAAUAUCACAUAUACCCAGUCAGAAGGUCUUCUCUAGAUUUGACUUGGAGGAAACUAGACGCCCUGAAGCAUACAUCACUUGUGUAAAUGUAACGUACGUAGUAGACGAAGUUCCAACAAUCGUAGUAGGGUUGUCUGAUGGAUGUAUUCUCACUUACCGUAUGUCUGAUUCUCACGCCGUGGAUUUCAUAUCGGCCUUUAUACCGUCACAUCCAAAACCAGCUAUAUCGACACUGACGCUCUGUGACGACGUGAUUGUAUCGGUGUCUGCAGAUUUCUGCUUGGGAAUCUAUCAGAUGCUGCAAACUUCGACUAAAGCAGUACUGAGGCUGCUACACUCGUUGAAAUCGUUUGUGUCCUGGGCACCAACCGAUAUAUACACAGUCCGUAAAGGUGAACGUGAAACGCCGUGGGCAUCAGUGCCUCAAUAUGUGACUUAUAUAUCGUAUUCUGUGCCGCUGUAUGGCGAAGGUGGCUGGGAAGUCGGGCUUCAAGAACUGAUAUUCGAUAUAUGGGCCAUAGUAUCAUCACGAUCAUUUAGACCUAGUGAUUCUGUGAAUCGCCAUGAUUCCGUGCUUGAACGGUGUGGUGAUCCCGUCACUUGUAUCAGAUUCAAAUAUCCAUAUCUAGUCACGGGCCACUCUGAUAAUACCGUCAGAGUCUAUACGUUGAGCAGCAUACCAAGAAUGCAUCACAGUCCACUGCUCAUAUUAACCCAUAGCACAACACUAUUCUCUCAUUCGUCGACAGUGCGAGCCGUAGACUUUGAUGUUCCAACAGGUCGAAUGAUUACAGCUGGACGAGACGGGAUAAAGCUAUGGAAUCUCCCAACGGAGGGAGUGAAUGAUCCGAUACUUGACGGACCUAGUUUUCCUGUUAAAUGUAUAACAACUAUUAGGGAGAUUGGGGCAGUCGACGUGAGCCGAGGGGUAGUGGAUGUCAAAUUUGAUGAGGGAAGGAUUGUCACUCUGGCGCAGAACAGUGUCCGCGUGCUCUCGUUUUUUGACUCUUGA